UCUUGAAUUGCGGUUUUCAUCGCAGCCAAACAUACCUCAUCGACUUUCAAUAGUCGACAGUCGACACUUCACAAAACAAACCCAAUUACUAAUAGGUAUCCUUCAAUAUUUAGACCCUAAAUCUAAUUUUUCAAACCUUGAAACCCUAGAUUCUAUUUCCACCAUGGGAUUAUACUUUAGUAACUGAAAUGGCUUCAUUUUGGACUCUGCAAUUGCAUCCUACUUCGAUUCCGCAUCAAGCAUUUGAAGUUAGACCACAACUAGGGUUCACCAAAAGGUACCGAAUUUUGAAAGGGAAGAACAAACGUAAAGAUUUCCUUCUUAAAGCCUCAUCCAGUGAAGACAAUCAAAUCAAAGAUGAAACAAUCAUCAGCAAAACAAAAAACAAUGCUACACGGGUCCUUCAAAACCAAGUUUCAAGACUACAAGAAACAAUCGUAUCCCUCCCUCCCAUUAUUUUUUCGAUAAAAAGGUCUCCUCAUUCCAAAUUUGCGUUAGGGUUUUGUAUAGCAGCAACUGUAUUGAUUGUUGCAGUGAGAGCUUAUGUGGCAAGAAAGCCAAAGUACCAACGCCAGGGAUCAGUUGCUGAUCUUGUCAGACGUGGCCAACUAAAUUCUGAUAGAAGAGGCAUAUCAAAGACACCCAUGUAUGAUGAUCCAUUUAACAACCCGUUAGUAAAAAUUAGCAAGAACAAUUCGUCAGUUGAAAUGUGUGGAAAAGUUUACCGUUUAGCCCCUGUGACUUUGACACGAGAAGAACAAAACAUACAUCAAAAAAGGAGGUCAAGGGCGUAUCAAUGGAAAAGGCCAACAAUAUUCCUUAAAGAAGGGGACCCGGUGCCUGCUGACGUGGACCCGGAUACGGUUAGAUGGAUUCCUGCAAAUCAUCCUUUUGCAACAACUAUUAGUGACAUUACUGAAGAUUUGGCUCAAAAUAAUGUUUAUCAAAAACAUGGGGUCCCAUUUCGUAUUCAGGCUGAACAUGAGGCCUUGCAGAAAAAACUUGAAGCUUUGCAGGGUGAUCAAAAGUUCAACAAUUUGGUAAUUGAUCCAGGAACUGCUAGAAAUUUUGAGAGGCCAUUCAAGUCGAAUAUGAAGUUAGACGAUCAGCAGCAAGGGGAACACAACUCUGCAAAUGGUCAAACAGGUUUGCGACCAGAAAGUCAACCCAAUUCAGCUUCUGAAGAGAAACAGACACAAUGAAAAAAACUCAUCUUUGUACAAUGUUGUCUUGUCCUUACAUCAAUAUGUUUUGUUUUACUUUUAUAUUAACAGGUGUAUAGUUUUUUGAGCUGUUUUGGAUUUGUUGAUUUGACUAUACUGACUUGUCAAAAUCAUAUGUUGAAAAUGGUGGAUUUUUUUUUUUUGAUAGUAGGGUUGAUGACUUA